CUGGAGGUAAGGUGGCCCCUGCUAAGCCCGUGUCCACAAUGGCCUCCUCAACGGCGUCACUCUCACCAUCUCAACUAAAUGCAGCCAUCAUGGACAUGCUGCACGUGAACAACACCGGGAACCAGUGUUUAAAUGCUUGUCGAGGUGACCCAAUCACGACGGCUGGUCAGCGGAAACAGAUGAUCAAGAUGUUAGCCAUUAUUCUUAUACCUGUUUCUAUUCUUGUCGGACUGACCGGCAACUCAUUUGGCACGACGCUCAACAACUACCUCUACUCAACGCGCAUCAGAUCUACACUUCUCUUCAGUUUGGAUAUGGCGUACAUGAUUCGGUCCUUGCAGCGUGAGAGAGAUGGCAGCGCCCUCUACCUAAGUUCAAUCCGUCCGGAGACAAAAGGCUUCUUACUUCAACGCUAUCUUGAUACAGACGAAGCUGUGCAGAAUCUGCCAGAGUGGCCGACUUCACUCAGUAACACUAGAUCUGAGUUCGAUUCCAGCGAGACCUUCUUAAAGACUUUGAAUCGACACAGAUAUGAGUUAGAUACGUUAAAAGUAACGUUUCACGAAGAAUUGAUCACAUACUCUGACUGGAUUGAAGUUUUCAUCAAGUGGUUCUACAAGUCUAUCACUGAGGCACGUGCAGAAAAGGUAUGGAAAGCGUUCGUUGCAUACCAAGAACUACUGGUUGCAUCAGAGUACCUCGGUCGUGAACGUGCGAUGGGUGUUAUAUUUUACACCCUUGGUGAGUUCCCGACACGAGAAGAGUACUUGUAUUUCGUGGAAAGUCAGGAUACCUCCAACGCUUCAUUCGCCGCUGCUCGGCAGUACUCGAAAAUAGCGAAAGCGAUCUACGACGCUAAAAUCAAAGGAAAUCCUGAAAUCAUGCGCACCAUCCAGAACAAAAGGGGAGAAAUUCGCUCCCGGAACUCUGGGGCUGUCAUCAAUAAAGUGGGGUCUCUGAAAGAUGCCAAAUUCUGGUUUGAAAAUAUGACAUACUUUCAGGAUAUUAUCCGCGAGGCCCAGGUGUCACUGGCUCUAACAAUUGACGGUCUUCUAGCGGCAAGACAACAGACCGACCUCACUAAUAUCAUCAUCAUCUGUAUCAUAUUCAGCGCCGUCCUUAUACUCUGUCCCGUCAUCAUCUACGCUGUCUACAAUCUCACUGUUGAAAUCCAGAGAUGUUCUCUUCAUAUCGCGGAUAGAACUAAGGCUUUAAGCAAGGAAAAGAAGAGAACAGAUACCCUGCUGUAUCAGAUGCUACCCAAGGAGGUUGCCGAGAAACUGAAGCAGAAUCAGGACGUGAGCACCGAGGAGUUUGUACAAGCUACCAUUAUGUUCAGUGAUAUUGUCGGCUUCACUAAUAUUUCUUCACGCAGCUCGCCUCUUCAGAUAGUUGAGAUGCUGAACACGAUUUACUCGUGUUUAGAUGAGAGAAUAGAUCUGUACGAUGUUUACAAGGUGGAAACUAUCGGAGAUGCUUAUCUCGUAGUAUCAGGUGUCCCUAAACGAAAUGGUAAACGGCACGCCUCCGAGAUAGCCUCGCUGUCACUUGACAUUCUAGAGCAUGUGAAUAGAAUGGAAAUCCCGCAUAUACCUGGAACAAACGUCAGACUGCGAAUCGGCUGCCAUAGCGGUCCGGUUGUUGCGGGAGUUGUUGGUACAAAGAUGCCUCAUUAUUGUGUCUUUGGUGAGGCCGUGAACGUGGCCAACAAGAUGGAGGCGCUCGGCAAACCCUGUAAAAUUCACUUGAGUAAGACAACAGCUGACAUUCUCACAGAGGUUGGAGGGUACGUGAUCACAGAGAGAUACGACUUUCCCGAAAAGGUAAAUGUUAAAACUAAUGACCCUGACCUGCUGAUUGCAUUUAAAGGGAACGUGAAGACAUACUGGUUGGUUUGUCGUGAAGGUUUUGCUCCCCCAACGACCCCUGACCUGGAGACAAAAGCUUGAACAUACUUCCGUGUUGUACAAUAACACACAGAUGUUUUCUUUUAUUUCUAGCAUUUCUUUUGCUAAAAACUAAAGUAUGAAUAUUUCUUUGAAUUAUGAAUUUAACAUCUUUAUUGUGCAAUAAGAAGAUAUGUUUUAUUGUUAUGAGAUAUUGUGUUUCUUCAUUUUGCAACAAUGAUUUCAGUUUCAUAAACUCUGAACAAAUCUGGUCAUAAAGUAUUAUUUACCUGUCGUAUUUAUUCCUCCCCCACAUAAGUUAGAACUGCAAUUCAAAAUACAAUAUCAGGAUUGUGGGAUGGUGAAUUAAAGGGAAAGGCAAUGUUGUUCUUAUGUUAAUUCCGUCUGCAAGGAUCUCUUAAAUCAUUUAAAGAAGUGAAAGAAUGGUCCUAAUUGGUUUAAAAAUGUGAAAGGUAUGAGGAUUUAAAUAUUUGAUCAAAAUGGCGACCAUUUUGCUUCCACGGCAACAAAGAACAAAAUGGCGAAUUUAUUAAAUUUCGAGAUAAUUAUUUGAACUGCAUUUACUUAAUUUUGUAAAAAUAACUUGUGUACUUUUUCCAGAUAUUAUGAAAAAUAUUCCCAUGAUUUAUAUCUUACACUAAAAAAAACCAUCAAAUUAAUCUAUUUAAAAUGUUGUUUGCUAAGAAAAGAAUUCAGCAGUGUGUAAAUGA